UCCGGCUUCGGCGUUAGCGUCGCUAGGAGACACCGGAGCAGAUGUUUCUAUGCGACGAUACUGUUCGGAGAACAGUUUUCGGGCUCUGUUAGUUGGAAAUAUACUACAUUUCCGAAUCAACGUCAGCUAUAAAGAACAAAUGGCUUGUGCGUCAUGUAUCGAUGCUGACGUGAUCCCCAGAACCAUUACAAGGGCGAAGCGGUGGACAGAUGAGGUAGAGAAUCUGUACAGAUUCCAACAGGCUGGAUACCGGGAUGAACGGGAGUACAAGCAAGUCAAACGGGUCGAGCUGGUUGAUCGUUGGCCAGAGACCGGAUUCGUGAAAAAGCUGCAGCGUCGGGACAACACGUUUUACUAUUAUAACAGAAAGAGAGAAUGCGAUGAUAAGGAGGUCCACAAAGUGAAAGUUUAUGUUUACUGACCAUCGCGGCCUUUUAUAACCAUUUUAAUGCCUAACCCAAUGACGAACUAGUGCACAAUUAAGUUAACAAAGGCAUGGAAUGGUAGAACUGGGUGACUAGCACUGAGAGCAGCAUAACGUAUGUGUUGUCCUAUUUAUUUAGAUAAUAGUGGUUAAAGUAUGCACAAAUAUUUAUACAGUACCAAUCACAAGUGUGGACACACCUACAGAACAUAAUUUUUCCCCCAACAAACUGACACCUAUUUAAAAAAAAAUACAUGGAAAAGCAGGUUGAUGUCUAGUUUUGCUGAUUUCUCACAUUUUACCUUCUGACGCGAACCUUCUUCAUUGCUAGUACUGUAUGUACCCUCUGUAUUUAAAUCUGGGCAUGUUUGAUAGUGAAGGUAAAUGCUAUUAAAGCAGUUUGUGUAUGUUUGCAUAUGAUAA